GAUAAAGCUCGUCCGGACCUCAUCAAGGUCCUGACCUACAAUUCUGCUUCCGCGGUCGAGUGGCUGCAGGAUGUCUUCAACCUCGAUUUGACGCUAGUUUCCCGCCUGGGGUGAGUUUUGCUUUGUAACCGGACACUCUUGGUGACUUCGAGCCAUCAUGCUAAUUCUGCGCAGUGGUCACUCCCAGCCCCGCACACACCGUGGUCACGAUGCCAAGUUCCCCGGAAUGGCCAUCACCUACGCCCUCAUGCAACGGUUAGAAGAGCUCACCGAGUCGGAGCCCGACCGUGUCCAGAUCAUCAAGAAGGCCCGCGUUACCUCCAUCAACAAGUCCGGGAAUACUGUGACAGGUGUCACCUACGAGUACAACGGCGAGACGCACACUGCUGAUGGUGUGGUCGUCCUGGCCACCGGUGGCUACGCUGCCGACUUUGGCGAUGGAUCACUGCUCAAGCAGCACCGUCCGGACACCUUCGGGCUGUCCAGCACCAACGGCACCCACGCCACGGGUGAUGGCCAGAAGAUGUUGAUGGAGAUCGGCGCCAACGGAAUCGACAUGGACAAGGUCCAAGUGCACCCCACGGGUCUUGUCGACCCCAAGGACCCCACCGCCAAGUUCAAGUUCCUGGCUGCUGAGGCGCUCCGUGGUGAGGGUGGUCUUCUCCUCAACUCGGACGGUGAGCGGUUCUCGGAUGAGCUGGGUCACCGUGACUACGUCUCUGGACAGAUGUGGAAGGAGAAGGAGAAGAACAAAUGGCCCAUCCGCCUUGUGCUCAACAGCAAGGCCUCCAAUGUGCUCGACUUCCACACUCGUCACUACUCCGGCCGUGGCUUGAUGAAGAAGAUGACCGGCAAGGAACUCGCCAAGGAGAUUGGCUGCGGCGAGGCUGCCCUCAAGAAGACCUUCGACGACUACAAUGCCAUCGCCGAUGGCAAGAAGAAGGACCCCUGGGGCAAGCGUUUCUUCCACAACCUGCCUUUCAGCAUCGAUGAUGACUUCCACGUGGCCCUUAUGGAGCCCGUUCUUCACUUCACCAUGGGUGGUAUUGAGAUUAACGAGCACGCCGAGGUCCUGAACAGCGAGCAGAAGCCCUUCGAGGGUCUCUACGCCUGCGGUGAGCUUGCCGGCGGUGUCCACGGCGCUAACCGCCUGGGUGGCUCUUCGCUCUUGGGCUGCGUCGUCUACGGCCGUGUUGCCGGUGACAGCGCCAGCCAGUUCCUCUUCAAGCGUCUCCUCUCCGGUGGCGCGUCCACCGCACAGCAGCGUCUGGGCCAAAUCUCCCUGCACAUCGACCCGUCAACCCCGGGCAAGAUCGCCGUCGAAUGGACUGGAGCCGGUAGUGGCCGCGAAGUCUAGCGCCACCCCCGCGGGUGCCCCGGAGUCUGCCAAGCCCACCAGCCCGGCCAAGUUCAGUAUUCCCGAGACGGAGUACUCCAUGGAGGAGGUGGCCAAGCACAACAAGAAG